CAGCCGUACACGUCGACCCAGCUGCCUAUAAAUAAUAGUAAUCCCCCUAAACUGCCUCUCUAAGCCAUUUAUAUUAUUAGCCGAUAAACAAAUAAACAGUCUCCCUCUCUCUCUUCUUCUCUCUCGCUCUCUCUCUUCGCUGAUCACAGAUUCACAACAGAGAUGAUGACUGUCAGGAGGAAUAACGGGGAGUCGCCGGCGGAGAGGAAAGGGUAUGUGCAUAGCCAGGUGCUGCGGAUUCGGGAGGAGGAUUCGCAUGUGGGCCAGGAUUUCCUUGACGUUUUAAAAGGCUCCGGCUCCGGCUCCGGCGCCGGGGUUGACAAUAGUAACUAUAACUUGAUGAUCAAGAAUAUGGUGGCUGCGGCAGCUUCGUCGCCGGUGAUGAAUGAUGGAGUAGUGGUGUUGUUGACGAGACCGCUGUUGCCUUCCUCCCCUCUUAGCCGUAAGACCACCGUCAAUUGAUUAAUUAAUCGGGCCCCCGUCACAGGGCAGAAGAACAGAGAGAGAUCGAUUGGCGGAUGAGGGAGUUGGUGUUUAUGUUCUUCUUUUUGCUUGUACAAUUUUUACCUAGCUAUGCUCUAGGUCGUGUCAUCCUGUUUUGUAUUGGUUUUUUUCUUUUCUUUUUUUGUCUGGUAAUAUGAGAGCAAGAAAGAAAGGGAGAGGAUGGUAGUAAUGUAAUUAGUACGUGGAAGUCGUCCGUUCUUGUAUAUUGUACAGAACUGAGAUGCUAUUUUCUCUUUGACCAAAACCAAAAGAGACCUAUAUAUGCUCCCUUUGUGUUUAUCUAUUUUGUAAAUAUUAUAGUUUCUAUUUUUCUAUUCUGUCUUAGUGUAUGCUCUCAAAUUAUUGGUCC